GUCGAACAGCAUUCAAUACGACAAAAGCUAGUGAGAAGAAAAGUUCUAAUCGCAAGUGUUAUCAUUCAGUAUUGGCAGUCUAAGUGAAACAGAACAAAUCAGUAAAAAUGCCGCUUGUUCCAAUCUUGUUCCGUGACUGGUGGGAAGACUGCUGGGAUACACCACUGCGGACAUCCCGGUUGAUGGAUCAACAUUUCGGAAGUGGUCUCUCAGCUGAUGACUUGCUAACGGCGCUCACCUCAGCUGCAGCUACAGCUGCAGCACUCCAGCACAACCAUCCACGUGCUGGUUACAACCGACCAUGGCGUAACAACAGUCUUGCCUCGCGUCAGGAUUCUGGAUCGGCAGUUAACCUUGGUGGUGACAAGUUCCAGAUAAAUUUAGACGUGCAACAGUUUUCUCCGAAUGAGAUUUCCGUCAAGGCAACCGAUAACAGUAUUCUAGUAGAGGGCAAGCACGAGGAAAAACAGGACGAACACGGUUUCAUUUCGAGGCACUUCGUUCGACGUUACGUGUUGCCUACUGGCCAUGACCCGAAUGCAAUUGUGUCAUCACUUUCGUCAGAUGGAAUUCUUACCAUCACUGCCCCGAAGAAGGCACUACCUAAACCAGAAGAACCCCGAAUGAUUCCCAUCACACAAACUGGUCAACCUAUGAAAAAGAUAACUGAGAAGUCGGAAGUGAAACCUACUGAGAAGACAAAGGCAGAUAGCAAAUAGUUUUAAUGAUUUUGUGAUUUAUGAAAAGCUAAUUUAUAAGGUACAUUAUAAGAUAAGCCGUGACAAAUAAAUACUAAGUAAUUACCUACCAA